UGCCUUUUUUGGGACAGUGCCCACUACAGGCGACUGUGUGAGGGGAGACAGAGGGAAAAGAUGGUGGCCUUUGCAGGCAACAAGACAGCCCAGAAGACCACGGGAAAUGAUGGUGGCAAACCCUGAUGAGAAAGUAGGAGAUAUGGAGCAGUUCUAAUGGCAGAUGAAGAAUUGCUGGCUCAUGUUGGGUCAGUUCUGCCACCCGCUGCCUCCUCCUGCCACGUGCAGGACUCCACCAGUGUUGGUGCUGGUGUGUCCAGGGGAAGGAAUUGGCCUGUUGGCACUAACCUGUCCCCAGAGACUGGCUCCAAGCUCCACACUGCUGAUAGGAUUCGGAAACUUCAUGCAAAAAUAGUUUUUGCUUGUGAAAUACACUUUUCCUGAGUGGCUGCUGUUGCAAGCCCGGAAAAAAAAAACAACCACCUGAAGCAACCCUCUCCAAAGCACAGUCUUCACCAUCUGCAACUACUUCAACGAAAGAGAGCACUCCUUGCUUCCAGGCUCCAAAUUAAAAAGGGAUAUAAGCAUCACCCCUCUUCCCUCCCUACAAUCCCCACUUCAGGAUUCCCAUUCUGGCUGCGGCGCUGGAUCAUGAAGAAACAGAUUUUUUGGGGGCACAGAUAGAUAUAGAGUACAAUAAUGUUUUGGGUUACCCAAAACAACAUGGAGUUGGACAAGACAGGACAAAUGGCAGUGGCUUCAAACUGAUAUAGAAUAUUUAGAACUAUACAUUAAGAGUAUAUAUUUGGAGUAUAUAGAUAUUUAGAAUAUAUUCUUUACUGUGAGGCUGGUCCCUGAACAAGUUGCCCAGAGAAGUUGUGGAUGCACCAUCACUGUAAGUGCUCAAGUCUAGGCUGAAUGGGACUUUAAACAACCUGGUCUACUUAAAGGUAUCCAUGCCUUGGGCAGGAGGCUUGAAACUAGGUGAUCUUUAAAGUCUCUUCCAACAUAGGCCUUCUACAGUUCUGUGGUUCUAUUCCCACAUUGUCCUCUCAUUGGAUACCAGUGACAAGAACACAGCACCUCCCUCUGCACUUCCCUUCCAGAGGAAGCUGUACAGAGUAAUUAGAUUGUCUCAACUAAACAAAGUUUGGCAUUACUCAGGUUCAAAUCUCUAAAUUCUUUUCCAUGGAGCUAGUCCCAGUUUUCAGUUUGGACAUGUUUAUAGGUUUUUCUGUGAACAUUAACACAGAAAAACAGUUUGAAACAAUAUUCUUAAAAUUAUAAUAUUUUAAUAUGUUUAUUACUAUUUCUGACUCUUCAUUGCUUGAUGUUUAAUUUUAGCAUUUGAAAAUUUAGUGCCACAUCAGAAUGACUUGCAACUACAGCAGAUUUCAGAGCCUUCUGAAACAAAAUCCAAGAUGAUAACAGAUAAGAGAGCUCAUGUGCAUGUUGCAGAGCUGCAGAGAGCUCAGAGCAUCCAAGAAGAGCAGAGAGCCCAAGACACUAAAAAGUGAGCCCUUGAUCUGAUACUUCCUCCUGAGGAGAGACGGGCAUCAUGAAACGGAGAUUCAUUUCAUCAGUUCAAAUUAUUUUGCAGCUGGCUCUGACUACAGUAGGUCUGACUGGUCAAUCGUACCCUGGAAAACCUAAGAUAAUAAGAUGUCGUUCUCUAGAAAAGGAAACCUUUUCAUGUUGGUGGAAGCCUGGCUCAGAUGGAGGACUUCCUAACAAUUACACCCUGUUCUACAGCAAGGACAGUGAAGAAAAAAUCUAUGAAUGUCCAGACUACCUAACAUCAGGUCCAAAUUCCUGCUACUUCGAUAAAAACCACACUAAUCCCUGGACAACAUAUAUUAUCACUGUAAUGGCAACAAAUGAGAUUGGAAGUAACAGCUCAGAUCCUCAGCAUGUGGAUGUAACUUCCAUAGUUCAGCCAGAUGCUCCUGUGAACCUCUCUCUAGAAACAAACACAUCUGCUAACAUGUCAUACCUUUGGGCAAAAUGGUCUCCACCCCCAUUAGCUGAUGCCAGCUCUAAUUCACAUGUGUAUCACUAUGAGCUACGACUAAAGCCUGAGGAAAAGGAAGAGUGGGAGACCGUGUCUGUAGGAAUGCAGACGCACUACGAGGUGACCAGCCUGCAGGCUGGGGUGAAGUAUGUUGUGCAGGUGCGCUGCAUGCUAGACCUCGGGGAGUGGAGCGAGUGGAGCUCAGAAAGAAGCAUUCAGGUGGCUAAAGAACGGUUACCUCCUGAAAAGCCUACAAUAAUAAAGUGUCGCUCUCCUGAAAAAGAAACAUUUACUUGUUGGUGGAAACCUGCUUCGAAUGGAGGACUCUUGACCAACCACACUUUGCUUUACAGCAAAGAGGGAGAAGAAAAAGUUUAUGAAUGUCCAGAUUACAAAACUGCAGGCCCCAAUUCGUGCUACUUCGAUAAAAAGCACACCUCUUUCUGGACCAUAUACAAUAUAACUGUGAGGGCAACUAAUGAAAUGGGAAGUAAUGUCUCUGAUCCUCAUUAUGUGGAUGUGACUUACAUAGUACAGCCAGAUCCUCCUGUGAAUAUAACUCUGGAAUUAAAAAAGUCAAUGAAGAGAAAGCCGUAUCUGGUCCUGACAUGGUCUCCACCCCCACUAGCUGAUGUCAGAUCUGGAUGGCUUACCCUCGAAUAUGAAUUGCGACUAAAGCCUGAAGAAGGAGAGGAAUGGGAGACGAUUUUUGUGGGACAGCAAACACAAUGUAAAAUGUUUAGUUUAAAUCCUGGAAAGAGGUACAUUGUACAGAUUCACUGCAAACCAGACCACCAUGGAUUGUGGAGUGACUGGAGCCCAGAAAUGUAUAUUGAGAUCCCUACUGACUUUAGAGUAAAAGAUAUGGUUGUGUGGAUCGUCGUUGGUGUCCUGUCAUCUCUUAUAUGUUUAAUCAUGAGCUGGAUAAUGAUUAUGAAAGGGUACAGAAUGAUGGCCUUUAUCCUGCCACCAGUUCCAGGACCAAAGAUAAAAGGCAUAGAUACACAUCUGCUGGAGACAGGAAAAUCUGAAGAAUUACUGAGUGCUCUUGGUUGCCAUGGUUUCCCUCCAACAUCAGACUGCGAGGAGCUACUGAUAGAAUAUCUGGAGGUAGAGGACAGUGAGGAUCAGCAACUCAUGCCAAGUCAUGACACUCCCAGUAAAAACACAAAAAUUAUACUCAAGGAAACAGACAGUGACUCAGGCCGAGGAAGCUGUGAUAGCCCUUCUCUCCUCCCUGUGAAGUGCAGGGAAUCCCGUGGCCUUCCAUCUACUCUUCAAACACAAGAUGUGAGAGCUAAAGAAAAGAAAGGAGGAAAAGGGAGCUGGGAAACUCAGUGUGCAGCCUCAGAACAGAAAAUGCUCCCUUGUAACAGUGAGAGUACAAAGUCGUGCACAUGGCUGGCAGCUCAGUUACCUGGUAAUCAGGCUGCUAUGUUUGCCUACCAUAGCACUGUGGAGGCAUUCAGGAUAACACUGAACACCACAAAUGUGAACACUUCACCAGUUUUGGUGGGAAAUGAAGAAAAUCGUCAGUCGCUGUAUCCUAUUGCUGAAACUGUGUAUGAUGACAUGGAAAAGAUAAGUGAGAUGGAGUAUUCCAAACCUGACCAAACCACAGUGCAGGUCAGACAAAACCAACAAAAUGACAAGUCACCUUUCCUGAAUCCUAAACUAAUGGACUAUGUAGAAGUUCAUAAAGUCAGACAAGAUGAGGAGCCAACACUAUUACUGAAACAUAAAGAAAAUAGUGGAAAGACCAAAAAAAGCACUGUUCCAGGAACCAGCAAAGAAUAUACCAAGGUCUCAACAGUUGUGGACCAUCACAUUUUAGUAUUAUUGCCAGAUCAGCGUACCCAGAACACACCUGUAUCACAAGAACCUGUAGCAGAAACAUCUCAGAACCCUCAGGAAAGUCAAGCUGAGAAGAGUACGGGCUACAGCACAACAGCUCCAAGCGACUCCAGAGGGGACACCAGCGGAUCAGACUACAUGGACCCAUCUUCCUUUAUGCCCUCCUUUAAAUAACCUUUUAGUACAGCACAUACUCAGUAGUUACACACAGUAAAAUAAAAUCACAUAGCAAACAGUUCUUUAAAAAAGUCUAGCUUCCAAAAGCCUAGUCUCCAAUGUGUGUUGUACAGGUAAUAAAAUAAUCUGUGAGUUGAGGUAAUAGUCGUGGGCGUAAAUCCUGGAUCAUUAGCACACAUUUCUGACACAGUGAAAUGAGGACAUGGAUCUUUUCUAUUGUGAAAAAUGCACUGUAAAAUAAUUAUUCAGUUCUGCAAAACUUCUGCUGGUCGAUGAAGCCUGAGGAAAUACCACGGAUCCAACAAAGAUGAAAAUUGUUAUGGGUCAGUCAGCAAACCAUAGUGAUCUGAGCAGUUCCUACAUUACAUAAAUCAUUGCACAACAGUAUUCUUACCUACAAUGUGUUGUCUUCUGCAUGCAUUCUGACACUAGAUUAAGUUGUCUUUAUUUUUUUUCUCAAUCCUUGAGAAAAAGGAGCUCUUGUACAUGACAAAUCACAUAUAAAAGAGAAUAUAUUCUACAAAUUGCAGUAAAAUAACAAAUUCUUCUAAAUAUAUUUUUACUUUGUUUCAAUGUGACAGAAGACUGCAUCCCAUUCAUAUCCUAGUCCAAACAAACCAAAAUUAAAAAGAAAGCAGGAUAAUAUAUGAUAUACUGCCUUACUGUAUAUAAUAUACAAUUUUACUUUAAUAUAAGCCCAUAUGUUUAACUAUCUAUUUUUAAAGGCUAUUUUUCUAUUACCAAAAAAAGAGCAAAAGAAAAUAUUUUUUAAUUUCCCAAUGCUAUUUAGGUACCUAGGAACCUUUUCUCUUUCCUUCUGCUGAGGCAGUAACAAGUAAAGAUAUAAUUUCUAUACAAAGCAUAAAAUUAAACUUUAUACUAAUUAAGAACGUGGAGGCAUUUUUAGACUAUAUUUCUAAUAUAUUACAGAUAUAUUACUAUUUGAAUUGUAAAUUAUUUGUUUCACAGGUUUUUUACUACCUGUAAUUAUAUAAUUAAAAUAGAAUUUACGUUUCCAGAGCCAAAGUUCUUUCCCAUUGAAUUUGUACUCUGACGCCAAUUGUAAAUGAAAUGAGGUUUUCCUGUAUUCUGCACUAUUCUCUGAGCCUGGAAGGAAAGUUUGAAGUCAGAUUUUUCACAAUGAAUUUAUGAACAUCAGUUUUGGAACCCAGCCUCCAAGGUCUGAGUCAGACCUCCACUGAAAAGCAGUGGGAAUGAGGAGACGAGUCCAUGUACUUGGGCUGGUCAUGUGUCCCCAAAACAGCAGUGGGAGCAGUGAGGAUCCAUUAUAUCCCAUCUAAGACAUGAAGACAGAAUCAAAAUGAUACUGUAGUGCCUGCAAAGUUGUUGUGGUCCUUCCUUCUUGAAACAAAAGUUUAAUUUACUCCGGAAAAGUGUGACUGUGUGAUAGCUGAUUAGAAGUGGGCCAAGUAUUUAGCCAGCAUCUCCAGCUUCAGGGGAAACUGGAAAGUUAAGGUGCGGGAAUGAUCCUGUACCUGCAAAGGAGAGUGUAUUUGAUAGAUGAGCUCUCUUUUGUUAGUCUUCUUCCUGAACAGCUUUACUUUUCUCUAUAUUCUUAUGACUUUACAUGCUGAGUGAGCCUUCCUCUCAUAUCAGCCCUGCUGCAGAGCCAAACAAAAGAGAAUUUCAGAUUUUGAAGGUCCCAGAAGGCCACAUCUAAUUUGGUGAAUCAGAUUCUCACUCUUUAUCUUCAAAGCCAUGGGACUGCUAAAGCACAGAUUAGUAGAGCUGCCUUGCCUUUGCACAGGCAGAACAUUAGAACUUAACUAAUUAUCUGUGUGUCUAUAAACAUACUAGUUUAGUGUAGACUGUAGCAUUAGGGUGGCACUAGAUUUAGAGCCUGUCCCCUACACAGGCGACUGCCCGCUUUCAGGAACUGAUCAGAGCAGUCUGGAUGCUCUGCUGAAGGCGUGGGAAGGUAUCCUAGAUUCCUAAUUCAAACACUUAUUUAACAUGUGAAGACAUGAAGGGGCUACUACAGCUAUCAGCUAUAAACCUCUAUUCAGUUAUAGUCAACAGAACAAUUUUUGUUUGUAGUGUACCUUACAAAUUUCUAGAGAUGUUAGAAGUACUGGAAAUGAGCUCUUGAGUUAUGAAUAAACCAGUGUGUGUGGAAGUGUGUAAGCUGGUAACACACUGUGUCUGACAGUGUUUUAUUUACCUUUCAGUUUUCUGACCGAAUCUGACAGCUAGUAAGAUCAGACACAUUCUUCUUUCCUUACACAGAUUGUAAACACUGUGUUGGUUCCUGCACCCAAUGAUGUGCAUAAAGAUAUGCUGCUACAGGCCUUCUGGGAUGUAUCUAGUGAUGCACAGAAACUGUAGUAUCUCAUCAAGCCUAGAGCCUAAAGAUGUUCCUUACAGAGGAGAUUUCUUAGGUUAGAACACAGGUGCCUACCCAGAUGUACAACAGCAACAAGCUGUUCCUGCCAUAUCUUUUUACCUGAAGUUACUUUUCACCUGAAGCAAACAGACACAACAGUUAGCAGAUUUUAAGUGUAUGAUUCAUCCUGCCUAGCUGUAGGCAUGUGUGCCUCCAAUAAUCCACACAGAGAUUCAAGGACUUUCUCUGCUUUGUCAUAAAUGAAUACUGAAACUGCGAAAUAGUUGUAGCCUAAAUUACUCCGUGUGGUGUUGAGCAUCUCCCACCUUUGCUAAUGAAUGUCUCAAUAUGCAAAAUCAUCAUGGCUCUCUGUAAAAAGGGAAACUCACCCACAGUGGAAGAGGGGCAUUUACUUGCUGCUUUGAAGUUUUUGGGGAUUUACUAGCUAAAUGAAAUUUGAAUGCAUUUUCAUAAAUAUAUUUAAUUCUUGAAGCUGAACAAAUGUGCAGAUAGAUUAAUUUUCCCUUGGAUUUGCUUAUAUUUUCCAAAACACCUUCUUGCUCUCAGUGGCAGAGCUUCUGAAAGUGACCUUAAACAUCUGAAAGUACAUUAGAAAACAAACAACCUAGUGUUCUGUAAAAUCAAAGUAACCUUCAGCUAAGAGUUUGGUCCUUUGAAUGUUCAAAUACUUAAUGUUUUCUGUUUGUAACAAUAUUUUUGCUGGCAGUUCUUUAAGCUUUUCAUUAGGAAGUACAUGAGUUUUUGCAGCAGUUCUACAGAGUCAAUCAAUGUAAAAUUAUGACACAUCAGUGAGGAAAAACACUCUUGACACCUCCUUUGAUAUCCAGAGGGAUGGACAGAAUUUACCCUAGGAACAGAGAUCAGCCCUCUAGCUCUUGCAUCAUUAGUCAAAUUUCUCACUUGGAAUAAUUAUUUCAAGAAUGUGAAUAAUGUUUUCAAUGUCAAAGUUAUCCACGUGUCAUUUAUAGUGUGAACUACUUUGUAAUAACAUAAAAGCCCUAAAAAGUAGCAUAAAGACUCUUCUACAUAAUUAGUUUUAUGAAAUUCCUAAAAUUUAAUUUUAUUUAAUUACCUUUCCUUCUGACUCAGACUAAUUUUAUUAACGUUUUUCCUUCAGUAUUGGCAAAUAUGAUUCAUUAUCAUGAAUUUCUUUACUAGAUUUUUUUUUUAGCAGAGACAUGUUUGAUGUACAAUUUUAGUAUUUCUCUGUAAUAUUUCAGACUUUAAAAGAAAUACAAACUAAUGAAUUGGCACGUGGUCACAAAACUCAGUAUUACAUAUGAUGAGGUUUAAGUUUGGUCUUGAUGAUACUAUGUAACUACAAAGAUUAUUGAAUUAAAAUGCAGUGAAUUAACCUGAUAUAUUAGUAAGAGGAUAUAUGUAUUUAUGGAACAAGCUUUCAAACAAAUGUGUAAUGAUGAUUUAUGUCAAAACAGUGAAUUCUGUAGUAUAUCUGUGUGUCUAUGUUUAAAUGGCUGAAAAAUAGACAGCUGCUUUAAAUGUCAUUCAAGUAUCCAAAGUGUAUUAGCAGCAGGUGUUCAAAAUGAAUAAGCAGAAUUAUUUUGUGCUCUCUGAAGCAUUGUCUAUGUGGGGUUUACAUCAUGAAGCCUGUAAAUGUAUUUUGUAAUUUCAUGGUAACUAUAAACCAUCUGAAGGUGUUGUGCAAAGAAACUGAAGGCAUGUAAGCCAGUUGAUAGACAUCAGACAUCUUCUACAAAGCCAUAAAGACAAAUGAAGUGAAAAAAGUGUCAUGAGAUCAGGCAUCACAUUCUCAAAUAAUUGCUACCUCAAAUUUUUUUUUUUUUUUUGUUCCCUUUAAAAGGCAAGCAGGAAAAAGAAUUUUGCUUUGUGUGUAAAUUUCCGGUGAUGGAAUCAUCAUCUGGGUUGCAGUGGUAGUAUAAGCAUGGAAUAUUUGAGAUGUGUAGUAAAAUUAAAUGUUUUAAUAUGGG